AACGAACCCUCUGUGCCCCAUCUUUGAACUAAACCUCAAACAAAUAAAAUCAUUGCGUAAAACCUGCGUUAAACCUGGGGCUUCGUUACAGCACAGCCGUAUCCAACAGAGUAAAUAGGCUAGGAGGAUCACAAAAACAGGAACUGCAACCACAAUCAUGAAAUCAUCCGGCUGGCUGUCUCUUUUCCUGGUGCUCUCCCUUCUGGCUGGCGCCUGGGCCUACAAUGCAAAGAAGUGCGAUGACACACCGACCGAGACUGGGCCGUGCAAGGGGGAAUUCGAGAUGUGGCGCUUCGACAGGGUCAACCGGCAGUGCGAGUCCUUCAUCUUCGGCGGCUGUCAAGCAACCAACAACUUUUUCGAGUCCGGAAUGCACUGUGUUUUAAACUGCCUGAAACAUCACGAAUUCUAACUCUGCGAAAAAAAGUUUCCAUCUGAGAUUUGCAAUUUAACAACAAAGUUGAAUGGAGUAAAAGGGCGGUGGGGGGGAGGUUAGAAAAAGUUUGACCGUGGAAAAUAUGAUUUGUCUGCAAAGUUUGAAUAGAUUUUCGCCAAGGCAAUUUAUGUGGAUAUUUUUUUCUGCGACUGUCAUGCAAAUAAACUGCAGUGUCCGCGCUUUGAUUUAUGCUGAUGAAAAUUGAGUUGUUCGCAAAACAAAAUUAUAUAU